AGUCUGUACUCACAUGACUGUACAUUAAUAUACACGAUAUCGUAAUUUCCGCAGUGGGCUACAGAAUUCACUCAGCUUUCGAGGUCUACGUUUCGAGCUAAACAAAGUCAAAAUGUCGGGAAAAGAGAGGAUUAUUGUAUUUCCUUCUCGUAUGGCUCUGACUAACAUGAAGGUUCGUCUCAAAGGAGCACAGAAAGGACACAGUCUGUUGAAGAAGAAGGCCGAUGCACUGUCGCUUCGAUUCCGGCAGAUUCUACAUAAAAUCAUUGAGACCAAGACAUUAAUGGGUGAAGUCAUGAAGCUCGCAUCAUUGUCCCUGGCAGAAGCCAAGUUUGCCUCGGGCGAUUUCAAUCACAUGGUGCUUCAGAAUGUUACCAAGGCAAAGACCAAAGUCCGCUCCAAGAGGGACAAUGUAGCAGGCGUUCUUCUGCCAGUAUUUGAACACUACACCGAUGGCAGUGACACGUACGAGUUGACUGGGCUGUCUCGCGGUGGGCAGCAAAUCGACAAACUGAAGAAGAACUACGACAAGGCUGUCCAGCUGCUGGUGGAGCUAGCCUCCCUCCAGACAUCAUUUGUCACACUGGAUGAAGUCAUCAAGAUCACCAAUAGACGUGUUAAUGCAAUUGAACACGUGAUCAUUCCUCGCAUCGAGAACACCAUCGCCUACAUCACCACCGAGCUGGACGAGCGGGAACGAGAGGAAUUCUACCGUCUCAAGAAGAUCCAGGAAAAGAAGAAGAUCAUCGUGGCCAAGAAAGAAGCCAUGAUGAAGGCGCGCAGGGAGGAGGCGGGAGAGGAUUUUGAGGAGGCGGGGAAUCUUAUAGACGACGAUAAGGACGAAGAUUUACUUUUUGAAACUUGAGUCAGAAACUGUGGUAUUAGGUAGAUCGAGAUGUAUUUUCAAUUUUUAGUCACAGCCACUUACGAAAUUACUUAGCUACGGCUGCAGCCACAUCCCAUAGACAUGUGUGUGUUACUGCUAGCCAUAGUCAAGUAAUUUUGGACAUGGCUGCUGUAAAUUUGAUAAUAUGCCCAGCUUGCAAUAUCUUUUAUCCAUUAACAUAAGGAUAGUGGUUCAUACAAAGCAGGGCGUGUCUUUUUUGUUUCAAUUCUGAAAGUGAGACAGAUCAAACUAAAAUGUUCAAUCCUCUAUCCUCAAAGAGACUCUCUAAGGAAUUCAUCAAGAACAGCCAGUGGCAUAUAAAUGAUGCUUAGUGAGUGCAUUAACUUCUCUGUUUUUAUUUUUAAAGGAGGGAAUCAUAUUACUGUGAUUAAUUGAUAUCUAUUUAACCCUAACCUCACCUAAAGCUACAAAAUACUACUGGUAGUAAACUGUGGUAUGCAGUACUUCAGCAUAUAAGUGGGCACAGCACUCACAGUAUUUUUUGGUACGUGGUGCCUGCAUAUAUAUUUUUUGUAGUAUUCUGUAGUUCUUUAUCCCAAAGUAAUGGCUAGAACAUUAGGGCUAGAACAAAACGUGGUAUUUAAAAUUAUAUGUGUCUGGAACCGGUCCAGUAAUGAAAAUCAACAACGCAUAUGUAGAACAAUUUUUUUAUUCAUUUUUUUUGGAUAGAAAUGAUUUUCUGUCAAACGUUGGCUGCCUCAUCCAAUUCAUGUGAAGAUGUUGUCAAUGGGAGGGAAAGAGUAUUUGUGAAAAUUCUUUGGUCUUUGCUGAAUUAAAAAUAAAACCUACAAAAAGCGUCACCUUACAAAAUACAACUCACUAUUUUUUUACAUUUUCCCAAUUAGCAACAGUCCAUUGGCAAAUAAUUUCAUUGGGUCCUGCAGAGGAAUGUUCAUUUAGGUUUUUCUUUUAUUUAGUUCCUGUGCUAUAAUUAUGAAAUAUAUUUUGUCCAGUAUUUAUUGUAAACCUCCAAGCACCAAUAUAUCUUGUCAAUGUGUACCUCGUAUUUCUCUAAAUACCAUUAGCCAAAAAAUGAUAGAUCUUCAAUAUGCUCCCAAUUAUUUACACAUUUAUAGCAUGGCAUUUUGAAGUAGCCGUGCUUAUUAAUGAUGGUGGGUACCCUCUGUUAGAUACUGUCUUCUGAUUGGCUGUUUUCAUGCCUGGUACUAUGUCACAUUGUUAUUGCUCUAUAGAGUCUAUUGUUGCUUUACAACCACCCACUCCCACAAGCACUAGCCUCACAAGAAAGACUAGCCCGCUGCGACAGAGUCCUCACUGUGAUUGGGCAAAGUGAUCUAACAAACGUAAACAUACCUUAAUGUUGGAUAAAACAAUUUUGGCAAACAAGUGGGAAAACUAGAUCAUGAAUAUGUUUGGUUUGGUGUAAAAAGAUUGGUUUAUAAGCUAAUAAAUUCCAUGAGAGGUUUAAGAAAAUAUUUUAAGUUUAAAAUUUUUUGAAAAAUUAACUAGAACUACUUUUUAAAAGAAGUGAAACAACUUAAUAUCUGUUUAGUUUAUCCUCUGUGCUAACGUAUAUCAUAUAAUUAAGUACUGUUAAUGGAAAAUGUUUAUCAUGUAUCAAUAGUGUGUAUAUGGUAUUGAAAAAUGUUUAAAUGCAAUAAAUGGACAAGUCAUAAGACA